AUGUACGGAGACGAGGGUGAUUAUGGCGAGGAGGAAGGUGGUCCCGAGGGUUCAGGAAAAGGACGGCCGCACCCCCCUGGCGAUGGGCUUCACGAGGGGGGCGGGGGCGACGACGAAGAUUACGGCGAGGAAUACGGCGAAGAGGACGGCGAAGGAGAAUACUACGAGGAGGAGGCGGGUGGUGAGGGGCAGAAGGAGGGAGGCGUGAAGGGCGAAGGAGAGGGGGAGUACGAGGGGGAGGAGGGGGAGUGGGACGGUGAAGGCGAGUAUUACGACGAGGAAGGUGAAUACGUGGAAGGGGGCGGUGAGGGUGGAGGGGAAGGAGCUGGCGAGGGAGAGGAGCACUACGAGGGCGAGGAGGGUUACGGCGAGGGCGAGGAGGGGUACGUCGAGGGCGAGGAGGGGUACGGCGAGGGCGAGGAGGGUUACGGCGAGGGCGAGGAGGAAGGGGAGUGGUACGGGGAAGAAGGCGAGGGGCACGCGGAAGGCGGGGAGCACGCGGAAGGGGAAGAGUAUGGUGAAGGGGGGGAAUACGGGGAAGAGGGAGAGUGGGAUGGAGAGUAUGGUGAAGAGGGUUAUGGGGAGGAGGGGGAGUACGCGGAAGAAGGGGGAGAGUACCCGGAAGAGGGGGGAGAGUACGCGGAAGAGGGGGGAGAGUAUCCGGAGGAAGGGGGAGAAUACGCGGAAGAGGGGCGCGAAGAGGAAGGUGGUGGUGAUGUUCAUGCGGAGGGGGCAGAGGGGGGCGAAGUUGCAGGAGAGCUGCAGGGGGAAGGGGGGGAUAUGUAUGGGGCAGGGGAGGAUAUGCACGGGGAAGGGGAGGAGAUCCACGGGGAAGACGGGGAUAUGUACGACGACGAGGGUGAAGGGGCGGGGGAGGACGGAGUGGAGGAGCAAGGCGGAGGAGGGGGUUUGGGGAGGGGCAAGAAAGGUAGCGGCAAGGGCAGCGCGGACGGGGCUGAGGGCGGAACAGAGGAGGCUGAUGAACGGUUGAGGGAGGACGAUAUGCACCCGGAGGAAGAGGGGGGUUACCCGGAGAAAGAGGGAGAGUACCCGGAGGAAGAGGGGGAAUACCCAGAGGAAGAGGGGGAAUACCCGGAGAGGGAAUACCCAGAGGAAGAGGGGGAGUACCCGGUGAAAGAGGGUAAAUACCCAGAGGAAGAGGGGGAGUACCCAGAGGAAGAGGGGGAAUACCCGGAGGAACAGGGGGAAUACCCGGAAGAAGAGGGGGAAUACCCGGAAGAGGGGGAGUACCCAGAGAAAGAGGGGGAAUAUCCGGACGAAGAGGGGGAAUACCCGGAGGAAGAGGGGGAAUACCCGGAAGAAGAGGGGGAGUACCCGGAGAAAGAAGGGGAAUAUCCGGACGAAGAGGGGGAAUACCCGGAGGAAGAGAGGGAGUACCCAGAGGAGGGGGAGCAGGAAAGGGAGGAAUCGGGGGUGCACGAAGGGGAGGGGGGGCUGCAUGAGGAGGACAAAGAGGGGGAGGCAGAGGGGGAGGCGGAGGAAGGAUUGUCGCGUGCAGGUGGCGGCGAGGAGGAGGGCGCGAGGGCAGUGCUGUCGGAGGGGGAGGAGGAGCGCGCUGACGCAGCAGUGGAGCAGGGGCAGAGGGUGGAUGCGGAUACGGCGAGUAAGGGCGAGGGGGUUGCUAGCAAGGCACGCGGCGAGGAGAGCGAUGCAGAAGAUGCGGAUGAUGGGGGAGCUGGCGGGGCGGAGGGGGCGAGCGCGGAGGGAGGGGAUGAGCGCGCGGACAAGGGCGGCGAGCAGAUGCUUGGAGACGACGAUGAGGGCGCUGGGGUGGCGGAGGGGGAGAGGGAGCGGGAUGGGGAGGGCGGGGAGGAAGGGGUUGAGGACCGUGACGAGGACGCUGAGGCUGAGGGAAGGGACGUUGCAGGCCGCAGUGCUGGUGAGGGCAGCGAUGAGGAGGGUGAUGGGCGCAGUGAGGGCUGGGAAGGGUCACGCGGAAGGGGAGGCAGUGAGGACGAAGGGGGCGAGGGGGCGAUGGGGAGGCGGAGGGGGAGUGAGGAUGGCGGGGAUGGGGAGGGAAGGGGCGGGCUUUACAGUGAUGAUGAGGAAGGGGGGUACGGUGGACAGCGAGGGGAGGGGAGGGGCGAUUACAGCGAGGAUGAGUACAGCGACGAGGAGGAUGGGAGGAGGGCACGGCGGCCCCUAUACAGUGACGAGGAGGAUGAGCGGGGGCGGCGGAGGGAUGGCGGCCGCAGAUACAGUGACGAUGAGUACAGUGACGAUGACAGGGGGUAUGGGCGACAACGCGACAGGCGCUCUGGUGAUGAUGAGGACGAGGACGAGGAGGAAGGCGAGGGGUACAGGCGGAGAGAGCAGUAUAGUGAUGAGGAGGACGAGGGCGAGAGGAGGAGGAGAGGAGGAGAGCGGUACAGUGACGAGGAGGAGGAGGAAGAGGAGGAGAGGUACAGGAGGCGAGGCGGGAGGUAUAGCGAGGACGAGAGGUCGGAGGGUGCAGACGAGGAGGCCGCGGAAGGAACAGGAGGAAAUGAAGAGGGAGAAAGAGCGGAUGGGGAGGGCGCAGAAAGGGAUGGAAAGGGAGGUGCGGGUGCGGUGGAUGGUAAGGGCGCUGGGGAGGGCGGCAAUGAAGAAGGCAUUUCGGGUGACGCAGAGGGUGGUGAGAUGAUGGCGCAGGAAGAGGCGCGCGGUGAGGAGCAGGCGGGAGUGCAAGGCAAGGGCACACGCCCCCAGGAGCAGCGUGAGGGGGAGCUGGACACGGGGGAGGAUGCAGGGGAGGAGGAGGGCACGGAUGUGCACCAGGAAGAGGGGGAGAGGGAAGGGGCGGAGAGUGCCGGGGAGAAGAAAGGUCCGGGGAAUGACGUGAGUGGCGAGGAGGAAGAAGGGAUGGACGAAGAAGGGGCUUCUGAUGCUGAUGGCGGCGUGGUCAUGCGAGAGGAUCGACCAGGGGAAGAGGAAAGGGACCUGUUCAGUGAUGGUGAGGAGAGAGAUGCACACAGCGAGGAGGAGAGGGAUAUGUAUGGCGAUGGGGAGAGGGAUGUGUAUGGUGAGGGCGAAGGGGAGAUGCAAAGUGAGGAGGAGAGGGAUAUGUACGGUGAGGAGGAUAGGGAUGCACACAGUGAAGAGGAGAGGGAUAUGUAUGGCGAAGAGGAAGGGGAAGCGCAAAUGGAGGAGGAGGGGGAUAUUUAUAGUGAGGGCGAAGCGGAGAUGCAAAGGGAUCAGGAGAAGGAUACGUAUGGCGAGGAGGAGAGAGAUAUGUAUGGUGAAGAACCUGAAGGUGUUGAGAGGAGUGAGGAUGGGUUUGAGGGAGGCGAGAGAGAGGAGGCAGAGGGGGAGGAGGGAGAGGGAGAGGGAGAGGAAGGCGGAUUUGGGAGGGAAGGGGCGGACAAGGAAGGGGCUGACAGGGGAGGAAGUGAUUAUAACGAGAGUCCACGAGCUGAUGGAGGAGGUAGGACGGUGAGGGAUGGGGGGGACGAGGAGGAGCAAGAUGAGGAAGGGGAGCAAGGGGAGGGGCGUGAGGAGGGGUUUGAGAGAGACGAGGAGGAGGGCGAGGCAGACGAGGGGAGUGAGAGGGGAGCAGGAGCUGAUGUUGAAGGGAUGGAUAAGGAAGGGGAUGAUUAUAGAGAGAGAGGGGAAGAGCUCUAUGACGAGGACGAGGAGGAUGGGCCGAGUGGAGGCAUGGAUGGCAGGCGAGGGGGGAUGAGGGAGGAGGAGGACGAGGAGGAGGGGGAGGGGCUGUACGGUGACGAGGAUGAGGAUGAGGAUGAGCGCUCUCCUCGUGAGUUUGGCGGGAGCGAGGGGCUGGUGGGCGAGGAGGGCGCGCAGAGGGAUGGCGACCUGGGGGAGCAGGAGGAGCUGUACGGAGAGCAGCAUGAGGAAGGGGAGGGAGGGGUGGAGGGAGAGGAGGGGGUGGAGGGGGAGGAGGGGUUGGAGGAGGCCGGAGAGAGAGAUGAUGUGUCUGAGGAGGAAGGGUUGACACCGCGGGUGUUGAGGGGCAGUGAGCAAAUGAGCGUGGGGGAGGAGGAUGGAGAGGAGGAGGGAGAAAAGGGAAGAGCGAGUGAGAACGAGGAAGAAGAAGGCGCAGAUGAAAGGGAGGAGGUGUUGCGCACGCCUGAUGUGCUGUCAGAAGAGGAGGGGGAUGGCGAGGCGCCCAGGCACGCACGGCGGCGCGGAGAGGGCAGCGAGGACGAAGAGGAGGAGGAGGAGCGGAGGAAGGGGAGUGAAUGGGACAGCGAGGAGGAGAGGGAGAGGUCUGUGGUGGGGAGUGAGGAAGGGGAAACUCCCAGGGCGAUGGGGGGAAGGAGAGGGAGAGGGAGGCGCAGAGAAGGAGAGGAGGAUGAGAGCGACGGAAGUGAGUAUGGCAGGGGGCCGCGGGGAGAGGGGUACAGCGAUGACGAGAGGUACAGCGCGCGUGGUAGUGAGAGGGGCAGUGAGAGGGGCAGGGGAGACUAUAGUGACGAGGAGAGGUACAGGGGCCGGUAUGGUGAGGACGAGGAGUUGAGUGAUGAGGGCAGUGAGUACAGGCGUGGCCAGGCGGGAGGCAGGGAUGGGUAUGGUCGCAGGGCAAGAGGGCUGCAUGGGGAGGAGGGGAGGAGUGAGGAGGGGUCGGAGGUGGCAAGUGAUGUGGAUGGGGAGGAGGUGGUUGGCAGACGUAGCGAGAGUGGUGGAAAGGGUGCGGGGCGUGGGGUGGGUGGAGAGGAGGAGGCGGACGGUGAGGAGGAGAGGGAGGAGGAAGCAGAUGAAGGAGGGGUUGAUGGGAAGGAGAAGGCCGCGAAGGAAGAUAAUGAGGGUGGGGACGAGAAUCAGGAGGCGGAGGGGGAGGAGGAGGAGGAGGAGGACCGGGUGGGUGGAGGGAAGGUAGAGGGGAAGAGACGUGUGCGGUUCACAAAGGAGGAGGAGCAUGAGGUGUGGGAGAUAGAGCGCGCGAGUGACAGGGAUGGGGAAGAGGAGGAGGAGGAGGGUAUUGAUGAUGAUGAUGCGGGCAGGGGAGAGGACACGAGGCAGAGGAGGGCGGAAGGGAGUGUGGAGGGGGAGAGUGAGGGCGAGGGGAGUGUGGAUGGGAAGCGGAGGGAGAGGCGGAUAGUGUGGCGAGACGAGGUGGGCAAUGAGCUGGAAGAGAUGCAGCGAGACGAGGCGGAUGAGGGCGAGGGCGACGAGGGGCCGCGGGAGGAGCAUGAGUGGGGGAGCGACGAGGAGGAUGAGGAUGGCAGGGUGAGGGAGGCGCAGCGCAAGGUGGGUCCGCAUGGGGCAGAGGAGGAGGUGGAGGGCGAGGAGGCGGGGAGUGGCGGGGAGAAGAAGUGGCGAGAGGAGGAGUUUGGGAGAGGCAGAGACGGUGAGGAGGACGAAGAGGAUGAAUAUGAGGAGGGCGUGGAGUCAGGGGUUCGAUUCGGCAGGGGGGAAGACCUAUUCCCUGUUGGGGGGCAUGGGGAGGACGAGGAGGAGGAGGAGGAGGAGGAGGGGGAGGAGACGCGGAGAGGGGAGGAGGAAGAUGAGGAUGAGAUGCCUUACACUCCCCAGACACCUGAGUUCAUGGGACGUGAGCAGAUGCGCGGGGUAGGGUUUGCACGGCGAAGAGGGGGUGAUGGUGGUGGGGACGAGGAGGAUGAGGAGGGAUCAGAGAGAGACGACGGGUCGGACAUGCACGAGAGGGACAGUCGUGGGGAGGGGGAGGAAGGCGAGGAGGAGGGCAGUGUGGAGGGGAGUGUGCAAGGGUCGCGGGUUAUGAGGCGCGGGGUUGGGCUGCUUGGCAGCGCCACCAGCAUGGGAGAGAGCUCAGAAGGCGGCGACCUGUUCCCUGUGUAUGAUGAUGACGAGGAGGGGGAGGAGGGGGAGGAUGGGCAUGGGGAGGGAGGGAGGAGGCGAGGCGAGGAGAAGCUGAGUAUAGAGGACGGGGAUGAGUGGGACAGUGGCGAGGAGGGCGCAAGCGACCAUGGUGGCAGGCGGGGUGGAAAGGGAGCAUGGCGGGGGGAAGAGAUGGGGGGGGAGGACGAGGGUGGGGAGGACGAGGAGGAAGGGGAAAGGGAGGGCAGGGAGGUGGAGACGGGUCGAAGCAGAGGAGCGAGUGUGGGAGCGGGCGGUGCGUUCCCCAGGUCGGCAUCGCAGAGCCUCCAGCGCAGCAGCAAGUACAUGCGCGAUGUGAUGCACGAGAUGCAGGCUGAAGAGGACGAGGCGGAGGGGCAAGGCGGGGAGCGAGAGGGAGAGGAGAUGGGGGAAGAGGAUGAAGAGGAGGGAGAGGAGGGAGAGGAGGGGGACGAGGAGAUGGAGGCGAGAGCAGGGGGGUUGAGCGGCAGGGCGGGGGAGAUGGGGGAGGAGGGCGAGGAAGGGGAGGAUGAGGUGGGUGAAGAGGAGAGGGGGGGCGAGUGGGGCAGGGGCAGGGGCGAGGAUGGUGGGCGGCAGGCGGCGAUGGCCCGCUUCCCCAAGUCGCAAUCGCAGAGCCUGCAGCGCAGCAGCAAGUACAUGAGCGACCUCAUGGGCGAGCUGGGCUCGCAGAGAGGUGCGGGCAGUAAGAGCCGUGAUGAUGGCUCCGGCGGUGGUGGGCUGAGGAGCCGGGCGUCUGGCGGGCUGGAGCGCAGCAGCAAGUACGUGAAAGACCUCAUGGCGGAGCUACGGGAGGAGGAGGAGCGAGGAGAGGGGCAUGAGGAGGGCGAGGAGGAGGAGGAUGCGGAGGGUGGUGGUGGAUUUGGCAAUGGCAGUGCGAGAGGCAGCAGUGUGGGAGGAGGGGCAGGGGGGCUGCACAGAAGCACCAAGUAUGUGAAGGAUCUGCUGUCUGACCUGGAUCUGUAUGAUGAUGACGUGGCUGCCCAGGCUGCUGCCGACGCUGCUGCAGCGCUUGCUGUUGCGAGGGGCGGGCGUGCUGGUGGGUCUGGUGAGGCGGAGGAUUAUUUGCCCAGCGGCAUGCAGAGGGCUUUGCGCGGCGGGCUGAGGCGGAGUGGUAACCACGUGGGUGACGUGCUGGCUGCCAUGGGGCUAGAGGAGGUGGGCGCCGUGGGGGGUGGGGGGGAGGAGGAGGAGGAGGAGGAGGAGGGGGAACGGAUGUGGGAUGAGGAAAGGGAAGAGUGGAGGGACGGGGAAGGAGAGGGGGGUGAGGAGGAAGGGGAGAGGGAGGAGUGGGAGGACGAGGUGGGGUAUGGGAGGAGGGAGGAUGGGAGGGGGUCGGAGGACGGAGAGGCGCUGAUGAGAAGCCCUCGUGGUGACUGGGAGGGGGAGGAGGGGGAUGAGGGGGAUGAGGGGGAUGAGGAGAGGAGGUUUGGUGAUGGUGAGGAAGGGGAGGAGGGAGAGGAGUGGGAGGAGGGAGCAGGGUCACAGCAGGGUCGUGAGGAGGAGGAAGAGGAGGGAGAGGAGGAAGGGGGCAGGAGGCGGCGAACGGAAAUACAGUGGAAGGAUGAAACAGAGCGGAAGGGAGAGGGGGAGGAGGGAGGAGAGGAGUGGCAUGACGAGGGGGGUGAGGAGGGAGAGUGGGAUGGGGGGGAGGGUGAGGAAGGGGGGUAUGGGCAUGGGGACGAGGAGGGGGUGGACUUGUUCCCUCAAGGCGCGCAUGGGGGCAUGGGAGAUGAAGAGGAGAUGCACGAUGUGGUGCAUGGGGGCAUGCAGGGAGAGGAGUGGGGCGAGGGAGGGGAGGAGGGCGAGUACGGGCAGGGCGAGCAUGGCGAGAUGGCGGAGGCGGAUGGGGAGCAGGGCGAGUGGGAGGGGCAGGGCACGAGGGGCAAGGGGCGAGGGCACAGAGGAGGGGACUCGGGAGGGAGCUUCGACUUUGGGAUGGGCUUGCAGGGAGUCGCGCAGGGCGAGGAGGGCGAGGAGGAAGAGGAUGAAGAAGGUGGAUCGGAAUUUGCGGCGAGAGGGGAGGGGGAGUAUGGGGAGGGGCUGGAAGGGCAUGGCAUGGCAGGCGAGGGGUUGGAUGAUGGGGAGGGGGAGUAUGGGGAUGGGCAUGAGUACGCAGGACAUGGGGAGGAGGGGUUCGAGGAGGGAGACGAGUACGAUGAGGAGAGGGAGGGGCUUGGUGGGGAGGGCGAGGAGGGGUAUGAGGAGGGGAGGGAGGGUUAUGAGGAGGGAGAGGAGGGGUAUGAGGAGGAGGGUUUUGAAAUGGGGCAGGAGAGGUAUGAUGAGGGGGGUGAGGGGUACGAGGAAGGGGAGCACAUGCAGGGUGAGGGGCAGGAAGCGUUUGAGCAUGGGGAGGGGGGUGAUGAGCAUGACAGAGGUGGUGGUGCUUACAGGGGGGGAGGAGGGGAGUAUGGGGAGGAAGAGGAUGGGGAGUACGAAGGCGAGAGGCAUGGGAUGCAGCAUGGGGAUGAGGAGUAUGGGGGUAUGGAGGGUGGCGAGGGGGAUGAGUACGAGGGUCACCCAGAGGACGAGUAUGGGGCGCAUGACGAGCAUGCGUAUGGGCAGGAGGGCGAGGAGGACUAUGAUGAGUACCAUGAGGGGCAUGAACAUGGGCAUGGGGAGGAGCAUGAUCAUGAGGAGGAGCAUGGAUACGAGGAGGAUGGUGCGGGCGAGGGGUACAGGCAUGGGGAGGCAGAGGAGGAGGGGGAGGAAGGAGAGGGGCAUGGCAUGGAGGGCGACUCAGACGAGGGCCAGGCAGCGCCGUACGACCAGGAGGACCACGCCUUCUACCGCGCACAGGACGAGCGCGAGGGGCACGAUGGUCACGACGACCACCAGGGGGGCGGCAACGACUGGCUGCUUCCGCCUGGCGCCGGGCGGCGGGGCUCGUCUGAGCUGUACCGCGGGCGCAGCCUGGGGCGUAUUGACGAGCAGGUGGCGUCGGGGGCGGGCAAGCAGCGGUCCGACCUGCACCGCGGGGGCAGCCUCAACCAGCGCGACGGGUCGUGGCAUGCACAGGGCGGGCAUGGGUCGCAGGGCGGGCUGCGGCGCGGGCUGCGGCGCGGCGGCAGCUUGAACCAGCCGGACGGCGAGUGGGCCCCCGCGGGGCAGCCGCCCGCGCACCGCGCGUCCUCCCUGCGGCGGGGGAGCAGCCUCAAGUGGGCGGACGAGGAGGAAGCAAAGGGGAGAGGAGGGGGGGAGAGUGGGAAGGGGAGGGAUCUGGUGCGGGGGCGGAGUCUGGGGAGGACGGACGGGGAGUGGAUGGACCGGCGGGUGAACCGGCAGCUGGACGAGCUGAUCGACAAGGAGGGCGUGCGCAUCCACAAGGGCGUGCCCUCCCGCUCCCACUCCCUGGGGCCGGGCGUGUGGACCAGCCAUGACGAGGAGGAGGAGGAGGGGCAGGGCGACGGCAGUGGCGGCAGGGGCAUGCGUGGGCGUGGCAGUGGUGGCGGCGGCACAGCGGAUCAGUAUGGCGAUCUUGGGCCAUUCAAGCCGCGCCCGCCGUCGCGAUCGCGGUCGUCCAUUCCUGCGGAUCAGGUGGCAUCGACGGGCCUGAGGGCAUCGCGGUCCAAGUCGCUGGGCAAGAACGUGACGUGGGCGCUGGAUGAGCGGCACAGCGAUGGGGACAGGGACGAGGGCCGUGGCAGGUGGGCGGAGGACGGGGGCAAGUGGGGCGGGGGGCGCAUUCAGGAGGAAGAGGAGGAUGGCGAGGAGGAGGGUGAGGAGAGGCGAGAGCAGGAGGAUGAUGGGUAUGGCGGGCGGGAGAGGGACGAGGAGGAGUACUUGGAAACUUUGCAGGAGGAGGAAGGGGAGGGCGAGGAGGAGGGAGAGGAGGAAGACGAUGAGGAGGAGCAGGAGCGGCUGGCAAGCAUCAAGUUCCAGGCGUCGCGGUCGCAGUCGCUGGGCAAGGUGGAGGCGCACUCUAUGGCGCUGGGCCACAUGGCGUGGCGGGGAGGGGAGGGGUACGAGGAUGAGGAGAUGGAGGGCGGGGACGGGGGCGAGGAGGGAGGGGGAGCGGGGUGGAGGCGCGGCGGGGCGAGGGGCAAGUCAAAGCCGUCGCGGUCGCAGAGUGUGACGGCGACGGAGCUGCUGCGCGCACAGGUGGGCGCGGGUGGCGUGGGCAAGUCGGACCUGCUGCGCACCGACUCCGUGUUCGCCAAGCUGGACCACCUCGUGCAGCGGCGAGGGGCGCAGGGGCGUGCGGAGGGGGAUGAUGGGGGCGAUGGGGGCGCUGAUGGUGAGGAGGGGGUGGAGAUGGAUGGGGAGUAUGGCGAGGGGGAGGACGGGAUGUAUGAGCAUGAGAGGCAGGACGGGGAGUGGGAUGGGCAAGGGGAGGGGCGGAUGGAGGGUGAGGAGGAGUAUGAGGAAGGGCAGCAGGAGGAUGGGUAUGAGAAUGGGGAGGAGAGGUAUGGCAAGGGCGAGGGGUAUGGGGAGGAGGGUGAGAGGUAUGGGGAGGAGGGAGAGAGGUAUGGGGAGGAGGGAGAGAGGUAUGGGGAGGAGGGAGAGAGGUAUGAGGAGGAUGGUGAGAGGUACGGGGAAGAGGGAGAGGGAUAUGGUGAGGAGGGAGAGAGGUAUGGGGAGGAGGGAGACGGAUAUGGUGAGGAGGGAGAGAGGUAUGGGGAGGAGGGAGAGGGAUAUGGGGAGGAGGGAGAGAGGUAUGGGGAGGAGGGAGACGGAUAUGGUGAGGAGGGAGAGAGGUAUGGGGAGGAGGGAGAGGGAUAUGAGGGGGAGGAUGAGGAGGACGACCGCGAGCGACAGAUGGAGAGGGAGAGAGAGCUGGCGCUGGAGAUGGCAGCUGAGAUGGAUGAACGGCUGGAGAUGCACAUGGACGAGGAGCACGAGGGGAUCAACGGCCUGGAUGGGUUUGAUGACGAGCUGGACGGGGAGGGCAGCUUGGAGUUUGAGGGGCAGGAUGGGGCGGGCUCGCAGCAGCAUGAGCACGAGCACGAGCAUGGGUAUGAACAUGACGGGCAUGAGGGGGAGGAGGGCCAUGGGGGCGACGAGCAUGGGGACGGGUACGGGGAUGGGCAUGAGGGCGAGUAUGGGGACGAGCAUGGAGACGAGCACGAUCACGUUCUGGCAGGUGGGGAGGGCGAGGGCGAGGGGGAGGAGGACGCAGGGGUGCUGGACGAGGUGAGUGAGGAGGUGCUGCACGCGUGGCGCCUGCCGUCCAUCGGCCCGCGCGCCCCCCGCGGGUUCAACCUGGACGCCAUGCACAUGCCGCCCUCGCCCGCCGCCAACAGCCCCAUGGGUAGCCCCCUGGGCAGCCCGUUCGGGCAGGGCGCGCUGGGCAGCCCCCUGGGCGGGUUUGGGUCCGUGGCGGGGGGCGAUGAGGGCGGCAGGGGCGAGGGGCAUGCGGACAUGGCGCACGGGGGCGAGCUGGAGCAGGUGCAGGAGGGCGAGGGCGAGGGCGAGGGGUAUGGGGAGGAAGGGCAUGAGGAGGGGGGUUAUGGGGAGGAGGGGCAUGAGGAGGAGGGCCAUGGGGAGGAGGGGUAUGGUGAGGGCGAAGGGUAUUAUGAGGAGGGGGGUGAAGAGGCUGGGGGGGAUUAUGGUGAAGGGCAGCAGUACCAUGAUGGGGAGGGGGGGUACCAAGGCGAAAAAGGGCAGUACGAGGAGGGGCAGGGAGGAUAUGCAGAAGAGGGGCAGCAGUAUGGGGAGCAUCAGGAAGGUGAAUAUGGGGAAGGUGAGUAUAACGAGGGUGAGGGGGAGUUUGAUAAGGAGCAGGAGUACCACGAAGGGGAGCAGUAUGCAGCAGAGGGGCAGGGGCAGGCCGACGGUGAGCAAGGAGCGGGUGCUGAUGGGGAGUAUGGCGAGCAGUAUGAUGGGGAGCACUAUAACGAGGAUGAUGGAGGGGAGGGUGGGUUCGGAGGAUUUCAAGUGGGCGAGGAGGAGGGCGGCGAGGGAUGGGAGGGCGAGGAGGGCGGGCAGGGAGAGGGGUAUGGGGAAGGGGAGUAUGGCGGUGAGGGUGGGUAUGAUGGGCAUGCGCAAGGGGAUCAGGUGGAGGGAGGGGAGUUUGGGGGUUUUCAAGGGCAAGGCGAAGAGGAGAGCGGUUUUCAGGAGGGGCAGUAUGGGGAAGGGGAGGGGCAGUAUGGGGAAGGGGAAGGGCAGUAUGGGGAGGGGGAGGGGCAGUAUGGGGAGGGGGAGGGGCAGUAUGGGGAGGGGGAGGGGCAGUAUGGGGAGGGGGAGGGGCAGUAUGGGGGGGGGAGGGGCAGGCAGGGGCAGUAUGGGGAAGGGGAGGGAGAAUAUGGGGAGGGAGAAGGGCAAUACGAACAGCACUUUGGGCAGGGAGAGGGGCAAUUUGGGCAGGGAGAGGGGCAGUAUGGCGAAGGUGAUUAUGGGGAGGAGGGUGACUGGGGAGCAGGUGAGUACCACGAGGGUGAGGGGGGGUAUGACGACAGCCAUGGUGGGUAUGGGGCAGGUCAACACCAGUCCAGUGAGGGGCACGGGGAGUAUGUGGAGGGGCAGUUUGAAGGGCAAGGGCACUACGGGGAGGAAGGGCAGUACGAGCAGGGCGAUUAUGAAGAGGGCGAGUACAGAGAAGGAGAGUAUGUGGAGCAGGGAGAGUAUGCAGAUGAAGAGGGGCAUGAGGGCGGGGUGAAUAGCAACCAAGGCUUCUCGAAAGAGCAGCAGCAGCAACAGGGUUGGCAGGGAGCAGGAGGCGAGGGCAGUGGGGCAGGGGGCAUGGGCGCAGGGGGGGAGCACCUGGACAGCACUUUCGAAUUCAUGCAGGGCGCGCUGGGGGCGCAGGGGGGAGACGAGGGGGUGGCGGAGGGCCAAGGCGGGGAGGAGGACAUGGGGCAGGACGAGGGAGAGUAUGACGAGGAGGAAGAGGAAGAUGAGGGAGAGGAGGGUGAGGACGUCGAAGGUGAAGAGGAAGAGGAAGAGGGGGAUGAUGAGGAAGGAGAGGAGGAAGGAGAGGAGGAAGGAGAGGAGGAAGGAGAGGAGGGAGAAGAAAGUGGCGGAUUCGCAUUCAAUGUUGCAGGUGAAGGUGGGGCGGAGGAAGAGGAUUAUGAGAUGAACGGAGAUGAAGGGGAGGAAGAGGAAGAGGAGGAAGAGGAGGAGGAAGAGGAGGAGGAGGAAGAAGAGGAAGAGGAGGAGGGGGGAGCAGAGGAAGGGAGUGAAGUGGAGGAUGUUGAUGAGGAGAGUGAGGGAGAGGAGGAUGAAGAGGAUGAGGAGAUGGAGGAGGACGAGUUGGAUGAUGAGGAGGAAGAGGAAGAGGAUGGGGACGAGGAUGAGGAGGAGGAAGAUGAAGAUGAAGACGAGGAGGAGGAGGGGGGCGGUGAUAGACAUAUUUGGGACGGGCAUGGCGGAGGGCGGCAGCAGCUUGCUGCCGCACGCGCCAAGGCCAUGGGGGGGGCCGACGGUGGCAAGGUGGCAGGCAGUGAGGAGGAGAGUGAGCUCUCCACGCCCUACGACACCGAUGCAGGUGAGCUCUCCACGCCCUACGACACCGAUGCAGGUGAGCUCUCCACGCCCUACGACACCGAUGCAGGUGAGCUCUCCACGCCCUACGACACCGAUGCAGGUGAGCUCUCCACGCCCUACGACACCGAUGCAGGUGAGCUCUCCACGCCCUACGACACCGAUGCAGGUGAGCUCUCCACGCCCUACGACACCGAUGCAGGUGAGCUCUCCACGCCCUACGACACCGAUGCAGGUGAGCUCUCCACGCCCUACGACACCGAUGCAGGUGAGCUCUCCACGCCCUACGACACCGAUGCAGGUGAGCUCUCCACGCCCUACGACACCGAUGCAGGUGAGCUCUCCACGCCCUACGACACCGAUGCAGGUGAGCUCUCCACGCCCUACGACACCGAUGCAGGUGAGCUCUCCACGCCCUACGACACCGAUGCAGGUGAGCUCUCCACGCCCUACGACACCGAUGCAGGUGAGCUCUCCACGCCCUACGACACCGAUGCAGGUGAGCUCUCCACGCCCUACGACACCGAUGCAGGUGAGCUCUCCACGCCCUACGACACCGAUGCAGGUGAGCUCUCCACGCCCUACGACACCGAUGCAGGUGAGCUCUCCACGCCCUACGACACCGAUGCAGGUGAGCUCUCCACGCCCUACGACACCGAUGCAGGUGAGCUCUCCACGCCCUACGACACCGAUGCAGGUGAGCUCUCCACGCCCUACGACACCGAUGCAGGUGAGCUCUCCACGCCCUACGACACCGAUGCAGGUGAGCUCUCCACGCCCUACGACACCGAUGCAGGUGAGCUCUCCACGCCCUACGACACCGAUGCAGGUGAGCUCUCCACGCCCUACGACACCGAUGCAGGUGAGCUCUCCACGCCCUACGACACCGAUGCAGGUGAGCUCUCCACGCCCUACGACACCGAUGCAGGUGAGCUCUCCACGCCCUACGACACCGAUGCAGGUGAGCUCUCCACGCCCUACGACACCGACGCAGGUGAGCUCUCCACGCCCUACGACACCGAUGCAGGUGAGCUCUCCACGCCCUACGACACCGAUGCAGGUGAGCUCUCCACGCCCUACGACACCGAUGCAGGUGAGCUCUCCACGCCCUACGACACCGAUGCAGGUGAGCUCUCCACGCCCUACGACACCGAUGCAGGUGAGCUCUCCACGCCCUACGACACCGAUGCAGGUGAGCUCUCCACGCCCUACGACACCGAUGCAGGUGAGCUCUCCACGCCCUACGACACCGAUGCAGGUGAGCUCUCCAUGCCCUACGACACCGAUGCAGGUGAGCUCUCCACGCCCUACGACACCGAUGCAGGUGAGCUCUCCACGCCCUACGACACCGAUGCAGGUGAGCUCUCCACGCCCUACGACACCGAUGCAGGUGAGCUCUCCACGCCCUACGACACCGAUGCAGGUGAGCUCUCCACGCCCUACGACACCGAUGCAGGUGAGCUCUCCACGCCCUACGACACCGAUGCAGGUGAGCUCUCCACGCCCUACGACACCGAUGCAGGUGAGCUCUCCACGCCCUACGACACCGAUGCAGGUGAGCUCUCCACGCCCUACGACACCGAUGCAGGUGAGCUCUCCACGCCCUACGACACCGAUGCAGGUGAGCUCUCCACGCCCUACGACACCGAUGCAGGUGAGCUCUCCACGCCCUACGACACCGAUGCAGGUGAGCUCUCCACGCCCUACGACACCGAUGCAGGUGAGCUCUCCACGCCCUACGACACCGAUGCAGGUGAGCUCUCCACGCCCUACGACACCGAUGCAGGUGAGCUCUCCACGCCCUACGACACCGAUGCAGGUGAGCUCUCCACGCCCUACGACACCGAUGCAGGUGAGCUCUCCACGCCCUACGACACCGAUGCAGGUGAGCUCUCCACGCCCUACGACACCGAUGCAGGUGAGCUCUCCACGCCCUACGACACCGAUGCAGGUGAGCUCUCCACGCCCUACGACACCGAUGCAGGUGAGCUCUCCACGCCCUACGACACCGACGCAGGUGAGCUCUCCACGCCCUACGACACCGAUGCAGGUGAGCUCUCCACGCCCUACGACACCGAUGCAGGUGAGCUCUCCACGCCCUACGACACCGAUGCAGGUGAGCUCUCCACGCCCUACGACACCGAUGCAGGUGAGCUCUCCACGCCCUACGACACCGAUGCAGGUGAGCUCUCCACGCCCUACGACACCGAUGCAGGUGAGCUCUCCACGCCCUACGACACCGAUGCAGGUGAGCUCUCCACGCCCUACGACACCGAUGCAGGUGAGCUCUCCACGCCCUACGACACCGAUGCAGGUGAGCUCUCCACGCCCUACGACACCGAUGCAGGUGAGCUCUCCACGCCCUACGACACCGAUGCAGGUGAGCUCUCCACGCCCUACGACACCGAUGCAGGUGAGCUCUCCACGCCCUACGACACCGAUGCAGGUGAGCUCUCCACGCCCUACGACACCGAUGCAGGUGAGCUCUCCACGCCCUACGACACCGAUGCAGGUGAGCUCUCCACGCCCUACGACACCGAUGCAGGUGAGCUCUCCACGCCCUACGACACCGAUGCAGGUGAGCUCUCCACGCCCUACGACACCGAUGCAGGUGAGCUCUCCACGCCCUACGACACCGAUGCAGGUGAGCUCUCCACGCCCUACGACACCGAUGCAGGUGAGCUCUCCACGCCCUACGACACCGAUGCAGGUGAGCUCUCCACGCCCUACGACACCGAUGCAGGUGAGCUCUCCACGCCCUACGACACCGAUGCAGGUGAGCUCUCCACGCCCUACGACACCGAUGCAGGUGAGCUCUCCACGCCCUACGACACCGACGCAGGUGAGCUCUCCACGCCCUACGACACCGAUGCAGGUGAGCUCUCCACGCCCUACGACACCGAUGCAGGUGAGCUCUCCACGCCCUACGACACCGAUGCAGGUGAGCUCUCCACGCCCUACGACACCGAUGCAGGUGAGCUCUCCACGCCCUACGACACCGAUGCAGGUGAGCUCUCCACGCCCUACGACACCGAUGCAGGUGAGCUCUCCACGCCCUACGACACCGAUGCAGGUGAGCUCUCCACGCCCUACGACACCGAUGCAGGUGAGCUCUCCACGCCCUACGACACCGAUGCAGGUGAGCUCUCCACGCCCUACGACACCGAUGCAGGUGAGCUCUCCACGCCCUACGACACCGAUGCAGGUGAGCUCUCCACGCCCUACGACACCGAUGCAGGUGAGCUCUCCACGCCCUACGACACCGAUGCAGGUGAGCUCUCCACGCCCUACGACACCGAUGCAGGUGAGCUCUCCACGCCCUACGACACCGAUGCAGGUGAGCUCUCCACGCCCUACGACACCGAUGCAGGUGAGCUCUCCACGCCCUACGACACCGAUGCAGGUGAGCUCUCCACGCCCUACGACACCGAUGCAGGUGAGCUCUCCACGCCCUACGACACCGAUGCAGGUGAGCUCUCCACGCCCUACGACACCGAUGCAGGUGAGCUCUCCACGCCCUACGACACCGAUGCAGGUGAGCUCUCCACGCCCUACGACACCGAUGCAGGUGAGCUCUCCACGCCCUACGACACCGAUGCAGGUGAGCUCUCCACGCCCUACGACACCGAUGCAGGUGAGCUCUCCACGCCCUACGACACCGAUGCAGGUGAGCUCUCCACGCCCUACGACACCGAUGCAGGUGAGCUCUCCACGCCCUACGACACCGAUGCAGGUGAGCUCUCCACGCCCUACGACACCGAUGCAGGUGAGCUCUCCACGCCCUACGACACCGAUGCAGGUGAGCUCUCCACGCCCUACGACACCGAUGCAGGUGAGCUCUCCACGCCCUACGACACCGAUGCAGGUGAGCUCUCCACGCCCUACGACACCGAUGCAGGUGAGCUCUCCACGCCCUACGACACCGAUGCAGGUGAGCUCUCCACGCCCUACGACACCGAUGCAGGUGAGCUCUCCACGCCCUACGACACCGAUGCAGGUGAGCUCUCCACGCCCUACGACACCGAUGGAGCCGCCAGUGCAGCACGCAGCAGCCGCUCGGCCGUGGGCACGGGUGCUGGUCGCGCUGCUGCAGGCACGUCGCGGCGAGCGGCAGCGGCGGCACGGCAGCAGCGGGGGGCGGCAGCGAGUGGGGCGCGGCUGACAGCGCAGUGCCUGCUGGGCGUGCUGUCGUUCCUCGACUCGCCUCACGACUGGAUCAGCUUCUCCUGUGUCUGCCACGCCUGGCGCCAGGUGGCACAUCAGGGACUGACGCGGCUGAAGCUGGCACGGGGCAAGCGGGUGAGCGCCAUGGGGCUGCUGAGGGCGCUGUCGUACUCGCGCAGCCUGCACUCGCUGCUGCUGCCCUCUGCCGCCCUCGACGCGCCCAUCUCAGACGACUUCCUCUGCACCAUCGCCUACACGUGCCCGGCCCUCACGCACCUCGCCCUGGGCCCCGACCCUGACCUGGGCUUCGCCUACGGCCCGCAUGGGCUCGCCACGCUCUUCAAGGGCUGCUCGCUGCUGCAGUGCCUCUCCAUCGACGCCACCCCGCCCCGCCCCGCCUUCUCCGCCGCUGCUGCUGCUGGGCCCGCGGUUUCGGGGGGCAAUUCGGCCAAUGGCGUGCAGCUGAAGCAGCUGAUGAAGAUUCUUUUUGCCCCGGGCAGCUUGAUGCCACCAGGGGUGGAUGUGGGUGCGGGGAGGGGGGGGGAAGUGGGAGGGGCGAGUGGGGGAUUAGGUGGAUCUACUCUCAUGCGCCAUCACUACCAUCACCAGCACCAUCAGCACCACCAUCACCAGCAGCGCCACCAGCAGCAGCAGGCGGCGCCAUCCACAUGCCCCACAUGCGCAGCCUCUGCAUCCCCCUACGCCCCUCGCAGUGGCACCAGCAGCCCUCUGCUCUUCGCUGCUGGCGGGGGUGCCAUGCCCCGCGCCUACCCUGCUGACCGCACUCCCAUGGGAGGCGCAGGCACACAGGGAGGGACAGCGGGCGCAGGAGGAGCAGGCGGGGGGAACAGGGCGUCACAAAUGGCGGGGAGCAUAAUAGGCGGCACCAUCACGGGCACGAUAGCGGAUGGGCUCAUAGGCGCUGCCAGUGGAAGCACCUCCCUCGUCGGCCGCAUCGCCAGCAGCGCUGCCGGCGCCCUCAUCUCCGACAGCUGGCGCUCUCUCGUUGGUGGGGACACAGCGGGUGCAGGGACAGGAGCGGGGGGCGGAGGUGGGUGGUGGACGCCGCAGACGGGCAUCAUGCCGGGCCUCUCCCACUCCUCCACCUCCGCUGCCCCCGCUGCUCCCUCUGCCUACAGCCUGGGAGGGCUGUUCAGCAGCUUCGGCAGCGGCAAUCCUAGCAGCAGGGGCGGCAUGAGUGGCAUGGGCGGCAUGGGCGGCAUGGGCGGCAUGGGCGGCAUGGGAGGGCUGCCAGCGGGGGUGAGCAAGAGCGUGGCGGAGCUGCUGCACGACUCCGUGCCCAUCCGCCUCGCCACGCCCUCCAAAAGCAACCUCCUCCUCCACUCCUCGCCUGACCUGGGCCGGCGCGAUCUCAGCCCUGCGCGGUCCAGGCCAGCGGCCGUGGCGUCAGGGUCGGGCGCGUGGCCGGUGUCUGGCAGCGUGGGGAAGAGCAGCAGCGACGGCGGGCUUUCAGGGAGACCGGGGAUGGGGGGUGGGGUGUCAGGAGCGAAGGAGGGAGGAGGCAUGGGAGGAGCAGGGGAGGGAGGCGAGCCACAGGGGGUGCUGAGUGUGAUUGACAUCCCCGAGUCGCUGGGGCUGCUGCACCACCUGCGCCAGCUGUCGCUGCACAUCAACAACCCGCAGCAGCAGGUGCGCCUGCCCGACUCCAUCGGCCGCCUCUCCCUGCUACAGGACCUGCACCUCGCCUUCCCCCUGCCCGCCUUCGUGCCGCCCUCGCUGUGGUCGCUGCCGGCACUGCAGCGGCUGUCCCUGAGCGGGUGGAAGGGGCUGGCGUUUCUGCCCAACUGCCUGGACGACCUUUCCAGCCUGCGCGCGCUGCACCUGCGCUGCCACGACCUGCUCGACCUCCCGCCCUCCGCUGCCCGCCUCCAACACCUCACGGAGCUGCUCUGGGAGACACCGCGGCGUGCCAAGGACCACGGGGAUGCUGGUGGGGGUGCGGGUGGGGGUGGGAGCCUGUUUGGGGAUCACUACGAGCACCAGCAGCAGCAGCAGCAGUCGCUGGAGAGUGCAUCGGUGCCGCCAUCUCUCGGGCUGUUCACGCGGCUGCAGCACCUGACGCUGCGCAAUGCCACGUUCCUGCCGGACGACCUGCAGCUGCUGGCGCCCAGCCUCACGCACCUGCAGGUGUGGGGCGCGCACGGCCACCUGCGCUUCCUCCCCCACUCGCUGCUGCGCCUGCGCCGCCUGCACCACCUCGACCUGCGCGGCGCCUUCUCCCUCGUGCCACCUGGCAUCGGCUGCCUCAAGGAGCUGACUCAGCUGUGCCUCGUCAGCGGGUCGCUGGAGAGCCUGCCGCCGUCCAUGGCAGAGCUGGCGAGUCUGGAGGAGCUGCGGUUGGACGGGUGCUCGGGCGACCUGCAGCUGCCCGACAUGCUCUUCGCGCGCCUCAAGCGCCUGCGCUCGCUCUCCCUGCCCACCAACGCCGCCUCCACCGUGCCGCGCGGCCUCACGCUGCUCACCUCGCUCGCCUCGCUCUCCAUCGACGCCCUCGCUGCCUCCUUCUCCCCACCACCACCCUCUCGAUCCCGCUCGCCCCACCGCUCCCCCUCACCCAUCCCCUCUAUGACCCCCCUCCCCCCGCCCUCCUCCCCUCUCACUGACUCCUGGGACCCAUCGCGCCUGCCGCCCGCUCCCACCGCGCUGCCGUCCACGUCGGUGCUCCCUCUGGCGUUCGGCUCGCUGGCCAGUCUGCGCUCGCUGCGUCUGCUGUGCCCGCACCUCACGGCCCUGCCGCCCACCUUCGUCGCGCUGCCCCGUCUGGAGGACCUGCAGCUGCGCUUCUCGGGGUCGCUGCCGCGCUCCUUUGGCGCGCUCACAUCGCUGCGCUCACUCGUGCUCGACAGCCCCAAGCUCUACGCACUGCCCGAGUCCAUCGGCAACCUCUCCCUGCUCACCUCGCUCACGCUCGCCUGUGCGCACCUCACCCUGCUGCCCGUCUCCAUCGGCCAGCUCACAGAGCUGCGCUCACUCAAGAUCCUCCAGUGCCACUGCCUCGAGUCCCUCCCCUCCUCGCUCUCUGCCCUCGCCAGCCUCUCCCUCCUCCACGUCUCCUGUGAUAAUCUCAACUGGCUGCCCGUGUCCUUUGGCCGCCUCUCUGCGCUGGAGGAGCUAUCCCUCGCAAGCAAGAACCUCACGCAACUGCCCGAGAAUUUCGGGCAGCUGCAGCACUUGCGCUUGCUGCGGCUCGACUGCCCGGCCCUUCAGAACCUGCCUGCCACGUUUUGGCAGUUGCCUGGGUCGUUGCGUGUGGACAUGAUACGGUAUUAA